AUGAUAAGGACAACUAAGCCUCCAGUGACGCUUAAAGAUUAUGACUGUACAUGGGAAGAAACAUUAGACGAAGAAAGUGAUUUUGCUGAAGAAGAUUUUACAGGUUUCUUACGUUUGUUAUCUGAAGAUGGAAGUUCAGAACUUCAAGACUUUCAGGCAACAAUGAUUGAUACUAACAGUGAUAAAUGGAUGGAAGUAGCAGGUGACGAGUAUCACUCGCUGAUGAAGAAUAUGACUUGGGUUCUAAUUGCAAGGCCAGUUCAGAAAACCAUUGGGUGUAAAUGGAUAGUCACUAGAAAACCAGGAAUUGCUGGAGUUGAGAAUCCGAGGUUUAAAGCUCGGUUAGUUGCAAAGGGUCUCUGA